AUGGCUGUACGCAGGAUAGUUCUCGCAACAAAGUCUCCUGAAUUGAACAACACCUAUAUUUAUGACAGGGACAUGUUCUGCAACGAAACGAUCACGAACUCCACACAGGGCUGCACAGUCCUUCGCAGCAACUACUACGCGCAAGACAAAUCGGAAAGUUUCAAAGAGGCAAAGAACAUGAUUGAAGCUGGGGGGUCGAUAGAGAGCGUCCUUGAGGGCGCCGAGCCAGGGAUCGAGAAGCUCGUCAAAAACAACACCGCUGGAAUGGAGAACUCCUUUGGUAUCAAAGACGCAAGCCUCAGUGAGCAAAUACCGAUCGGGAUACCCCGUCACUUUGCAUCCUCUUGGCUUGGGCUCCAACUCUACAUUUCUCAACAAAUUCGGAAAACCGGGUGGACCUUCUCACGCGCAUUCUCCUUAUACUGGGGCAGCAAUUGGAAUUCAAUGCCGAUUAAGGGCCAUGUGGUGAUGGGAGGGUACGACAAAAAGAGAAUCAUCGAGCCAAAUGUCACUGCACCCCUCAAGUACGGCGACUAUUCUAAAUCAGAUGGGUGUUUCACCGGCAUCAGAAUUGUGAUAUCCGACAUCACAGUUAAUUUCACUGACGGUUCUAACAAGAGCAUCUUCCCCAACAAGGACAAACUCCAUGCUUGCCUUGCCCCCCAGCGUCCAUCUUUAUUGGAGCCCCCUCGUGAGUAUCUUGACAAGUUUGAGGAGGUAACAGGCACAAAACAUAACGGCAAUACAUCAAGUGGAUUUCAUUGGGGCGCGUGGAUAUAUGACAGAAAACAAUCUUUCAAAGGCGAUAUGACUUUUCAUCUCGAGUCUGGUCUGAAAAUCCGAAUCCCAAACACGCAAUAUAUGCCACCUCAUGUCUACCAUGAUGAAGAUGGAUCUCGUGUCAUGGAUACAAGUGCUCGGGAACUUGCCAUGCCAGAGACCCUGAACGGAGUCCCCAUGCUGGGAAGAUACUUCCUCACCAGUGCGUACCUAAUGGUUAAUCACGAUGUUGGAACAUAUACGUUGUGGGAAUCCAAUCAAAACACCUCGAUUUGGAAAAAUGAUCUAGUGAUGAUAAAGGACGACGAGAUUGCCGCCCAGUGCCCGGACAAUGCGACGAAGCCUGUUGAGACCCCCAGUGUAUCAACCACAGAAGUUAUCCCUGAGAGCACCACGACCGUGGAGCAAACAGAAUCGGGAUCCUCUGUGGCAUCUCCUGCGACAAUUGGAGGAUCGGUUGUUGGAGGUGUGAUCGGAGCCGCUAUCAUCGCCCUGGCAGCGGCUUGGUUUAUCCGCCGAGGUAGGGCGGCAGCUUCUGACGCACCUGUGGAAAUGGGAGCAUCCAGCGCCGCAGGAGAAUAUGAUGACAGGAAGCUGAUGCCUCCUGUAUAUGAAGCAUAUGGCUCAAGACCUGAGCCUGACGCUGAGAUGAUGGGCUCACGGCCAUUGCCUGAAGCCGAGAUGGUCGGCUCACAGCCACUUCCCACCGAAAUGCUAGGGAACCUCAUCUACGAGCUAGAUGAUAAUACGGUUGGGACUGGUACAAUGUUUGGAAGUCCAACAGUUGUGGGCAACCCGGACGAGCACUUCGAAAACAGGUCGGAUUCGGACAGAGAAAGCAUCUUGAGGACGGGGAAGCAAUGA